AUGGCUUCCUCUUCUUCUGCCAGCGCCCGAAGCAGCCGCGUAGCCACGUGCCUCGUGCUGGCUCUCCUGGUCGUCAGCCUCAGAGAAGCCUCCGCCGGGCGCCCGCUCCGGCCGGCCGGCGACGCAUCCAGCGAUAGCGAGCAGAAGGACCAGGCGAUCGUCGACAAGUACGCGCCACUUUUGCCCACCAUGCUGCCGAGGGCCCCGGCUCCUCCGUCCGCCCCGAGCGGCGGCACCAACGAGGCCCGGAACUGA